UUGACUGCUACUUUCCGAGUGGAGGCUGGCUUGACCGCAGUGACUUAACUGGAGGAGCAAAUUGAAGUCGAGGAGCACACGUUACUGCAACUUUUUGAGUGUACAUUUGUGGCUAUAACCUAGAAUCAUAUUUUGUUUGUUUCAAGUUACAAAAAACAUUUUUAAAGUAAUUUCCGGGUGCGUGAACAUCUUCAGACAAGUUUGUUGUCAAACUUUUCCCCCCAAAAGAGGUCAGUGCAGCGCCUCUGACGUCAUAUUUUCGCGCCGGCUGCCGAGACUGGAGGACAUGAAGGAGCAUGGGACACCUUGGACAUUUAUUUAUCUUGAUAUCUUGCAUCACCCAGCAUCACAUUUCAGGUUACACUCUCCCUGCCUGCCGUGAGCAAUUGGAGUUCAGGUGCAACGAUGGCUCAUGUAUCACAAGUGAAAAGCUUUGUGACAGACACAACGACUGUGAUGACGGAUCAGAUGAACAGCACUGUGGUCAGCUGAAGUGUAAGAAGGAUGAGUUCUCAUGCCUUAGCAGCAGACGAUGCCUUCCCGCACGCUUGUCGUGUAACGGCGUGAAGGACUGCAGCGACGGCAGCGACGAGGACUCCUGUCCGAGCUGCACCGCCGGCCUCUUCUCCUGCGGGUUGUCCGACGGCUGCCUGAGCACACUCAGGCUGUGUGACGGACGUGUGGACUGCAAAGACGGGCGGGAUGAGAUCCAGGAGUUAUGCGGUUUGAGGCGAGCCCACCCGCAGAGCGCUCCCUCUUGUCAGGCGUCCGAGUUUGACUGUGGCGACGGGCAGUGCAUCCUCCACACUUGGAGGUGUGACAACACAGCUGAUUGCUCGGAUGCAAGCGACGAGGACAACUGUGAGCAGAACGAGUGCCUCGUCAAUAAUGGCGGCUGUUCUCAUCAUUGUGUGGACACAGGGAUGGGCUUCCACUGUGACUGUCCUGACCACAUGAGGCUUGUCGGGAAUAGUCACUGUGAAGAGGUGGACCUGUGCCUGGAGAGCGACGUUUGCGAUCAGCUGUGCAUUUACACUAAUGGGACCCUCGUCUGUGACUGCCUCGAGGGCUAUCACAUGACCCCUGUGAGCACAGACUGCAAGGCCAAAGGGGUUGAUGCCCAGCUGCUUGUGUCCACGUCUAAUGGAAUCGUUGAGAUGGGCCUUGGUGGCGCAGCAUCCAGGAUGUUGGCAGUACAUGUACCAGGACCUGGGCCUGUGGCAGCCUUUGAAUUUAACAACACACUGUACCUGGCCCAGCAAGGACAGGGGUCUGUUUACAGGGUUCACUUAAGUGGAGAGGCCCAGGAUGCCACGUUGGUACUGAAGGUUCCCAGUCCUGUCUCAGGCUUGAGUGUAGACUGGAUCCAUCAUCUUCUCUACUGGACCAGUUUGAAGAGUGAUUCCAUUAAUGUCAGUCUACUUGAUGGCUCCACACAGCGCCAACUCAUCACAGGACUGGACACACCUUGUGCACUCACGGUGGACCCACUACAUGGAUUACUCUUCUGGGCCCAGUGUGGUAGCUCGCCAAAGAUUGAGAGGGCAAGCUUGGAUGGCCAGGACACAAUGAGCGUGGUCACUUCUCUAUUAAAUCACCCGGUCGCUCUUACUCUGGAUAUGCCUCGCCGUUUGCUGUACUGGCUUGAUAGGGGCAUGAGAAGCAUUUCCAGAGUGAAUCUAGAUGGGCGUCACCGGAAAAUGGUGGUUGAGUCAAACGGCUAUCUGGAUCAGCCUUUUGGUCUGGCUGUUUUUGAGGCUUUUGUAUACUGGAGUGACCGAGACACACACUCCAUCUGCAGAGCCAACAAGCACAGUGGCAGUGACUUCCAACUAUUUCUGACAAAUGUCACCUCACCAAGCGGCAUUGCCAUCAUUCAGCCUGCGCUUCAACCUAACAGCAACGCUGCGUGCGGCAGUCCCGGGAGCGUGUGCACACACGAGUGUGUUGUUGACCUCCUUUCGGAGACUCCCAGCUUCCGCUGCACUGGAAUGGGGCUCAAUCGAUCGAAAGACAUUCCUGCUAUUUCCCGCACCAUUCCUGCGUCACGUUUGUCUGAUCCUGGAUUCGCUGGAAUCCUAUCUCUAAUUGUUUUCCUCAGUGUGCUGCUGGUGGGAGCAGUUGUGUGGUGGUGGAGAGAGGAGUUCCGGCCCGCUAGGAAUUUGACAGCGCAAAGCUUCUCCCUCAAAGAGUCCCAGGACCCGCUCAUCCAGGGUCCACAUGAAUGUCUCGGCAAGGUCAGCAUCUCCACUGUGGGCUAUGGUGAUGUGGUCCCUGUGACGAUCCUGGGUCGCGUCGUGGCCUUUGGCUGCAUCUCGUUCGGAAUCAUCCUGAACGGAAUGCCCAUCUCUUUCCUUUUUAACAAAUUCUCAGAUUACUAUGCCAAGCUAAAGGCCCAAGAGUACAACAUAAUCUCAGUCCAACGCCGCUUGCAGCUCAGGAGGCGCCUUCGACACAGGAUGGACAUGUGUUUUCUUCUCACAGAGGAAGUGGACAGUCGUUCCCAAGCAUAUGACAUUCCUCAUCCAACUGAUGGUUGAGAAGUAAAGUUCAAACUUGUGUUUUAAUAAAUCAGUGCCUGUACAUAUGAAAGGGAACAAAGUACUUUUCAGCAAGUGUUAUAAAAAUUAAUCCAUGGAAAUGUACAUACAUCAUUCUGUUCAGGAUAGAUUGACAAUAAUAAUUACAAUACUACACGUCUAAUCUUUCCUCAGUGUGUACAUUAAAUUUCCCUUUGUGCGACAUGCAGUAUACACAGUUAAAAAAAAUAAUAGCAGUGUGAUUAAAACUGUAAAGCUCCAAAUUCUUAUAAUAGUUUAAAUUUGAACCUUUCCCUGUAAGGCAAGCUUUUGUUCAUUUACACAUACAGACUCUUGUUUUGAAACUCAUGCUUAUAUUGUGACAGAAGAGAGAAAAAAAAAAGAUUGGUUCCAAUCAAUGCAUGCAGUAAGAAAUUUGGUGUACAAAUGUGCAGUUAAAAAUGAGUUUGUGAAGUUACUUGGGACACGCUAACGUUCAUCUUUUUAAUAGUUUUUUUGGAUAUGUUUUGUUCAGUGGUGGAACGGUGUCCGACUGGUUAGCAUAUCUGCCUCACAGUUCUGAGGACCAGGGUUCAAAUCCCCGGCCCCGCCUGUGUGGAGUUUGCAUGUUCUCUCCGUGCCUGCGUGGGUUUUCUCCAGGUACUCUGAUUUCCUCCCAAAAACAUGCAUGGUAGGUUAACUGAAGACUCUAAAUUGCCUGUAGGUGAGAAUGGUUGUUUGUUUAUAUGUGCCCUACGAUUGGCUGUCGACCAGUUCGGGGUGUACCCCGCCUCCUGCCCGCAAUUAGCUGGGAUACAUGGAUAUUUUGUUCAGACAAAUUGAUUUUUUUCCGGUUAAAAGGAAGUCACGUACCUUGUUAUAAGUGUCGCUUGUCAUUUUUUUUUUUUUUUCAUGUGCGUUGCAAAUCCACUGUACACAGCUUGAUGUGUCAACAUGGAGUCAUCUACUGUACUGUACAUUUGUUUUGUUAAUUUAAAUGACUUUUACACUGAAACCUGCCCCCACCCCCCAAACAAUUAUUCCCAUAGUCAUCUAAAAAAAACAACCAAAAACAUGUCACAAUGAAUGCUAUCACUGGUCAACACAUGCCGUAACAACUCAACUGUAUCAGUAUUGUAGCCCAGCACACAAUCUCAGGAAGUGGUCAGGUCAACUGAGAAAUAGCGUCACAAUGUAACUUCUUCUUGUGGCACUUCUCAGUUGCCGUUUCCGCACAAUGACUUGUUUCCCUAAUCUGACCGCCGCUCAAACAUGUUCGCCCACUGCAGCUUAUGUCUGCUGUCUAUAAAAAUAAUUGGCAGUUUUAAGAUUGCCAUCUUUCUUCAUGACACAAACUAAAGUUGUCCCUUUUUGUUUUCCAGAGUUGUGUGCGGAUGGGCCUUUGCCUCGCCCGGCUCAAGUCAUCAUUUGUAAAGUUGGUUGGUUGCAAGUUUUAACCGUUCUGUGACCAAGCUCAAAACUCGACCCGUACAGUAUAACAAAUCAAGUGUCUUCUUUUAAAUAAUUUCAAAUGCCAUUAAUGGGUACCAUCCCCCCACCCCCAAAAAUGUUGUUUUUCAUAAAGAAAAAUAGCACUGUAUUGUAUAGAAACAUAUUGAAAUAGAAUGGAAAGAAAUAAACUGUUUUCUACAGGAUAAUUACA